GUCCUAUCUCAGAGAAGGUGAUUUCAUGGUGGGAGGAACUGAAAACCCACAAGUUGUCCUCCGACGAUUAUAAAGAGGAAAUUUCACCGUACAACGUCCCGUCGGGCCAGGGAAAAUUCUUUUCCGCCCCGGAACUUCCGUCUGGUUUGAAGAAGGUGUUCAAACAGGUAAAUUCCUCAACCAUUAACAGUGAUGAGAAGUUGAGAGCUUCCCAUACUCAUAUCCUCGAGGCAGUCAAACCCUUGCUACGCCUUUUUGACGCAGUUACAGAUGAUGAGUGCCCCAAUGAAGUUCCUAAAGAACUUGUCCAGGAUCAUCUUUCGUCGGCCAUUAUUUUACUCGGCUCUGGCAGUCAAGGGCUCGCCUUGGCGAGACAACAUGCAUUUGAUGACAUUGUCGACCGCAAGUUUGAUGUCCUCAAGAAGAACCCUCCUUCGUUAGGUGAACUCUUCGGAUCAUCCUUGAUGAAAGACAUUGAGGAGACAGAAAAGGUCAACAAAUUGGCCUCCAAAGUCACGGGCACAGGCGGAAAAUCUCAGCAGUCUAACCCCUUCUAAGGAUAGACGUUUCACGCCUUAUCAACUGGCCUCCAGGUCGUUCAGAGGGCGUCGCCCAUCGCGGGGUGCCUACAAUCGCUUCCCAGGUAGGAAUUACCAACAGUUCAAGGAUUUCCCAAGAUCGCGAAAUCCUAAGACGGCCUACGCCACUACAGAUAAGUCUAGUUCAAAAAACUAGAUGCCCAGCUGUUUAUGCCCAUCACUGGUGCCUCUCCAGCAUUUUCUGUACCCCCUGCUGGUCGUUUGAAAUAUUUUUCUCACAACUGGUUGAAGUUGACUCAUGACCCUUGGGUUCUUCAAGCCGUGGAUGGUUACUGUAUCAGUUUCACAUCUACACCGGUUCAGUCUUUUGUUCCUGUGACCCGGGCUCAGUCCGAGGAUCACGCUUCAAUUUUUAACCUCGAGAUACAGAAGAUGCUCGAUAAAGGUGCAGUUUCAGAAGUUCAACCCGUUCAGGGACAAUUUAUUUCUACUUUGUUCAUGGUUCCUAAGUCUUCUGGGGAUCUCCGUCCAGUGAUUAAUUUAAGACCUUUGAAUAGGUUUAUCUCGUACCAUCAUUUCAAGAUGGAAAACAUUUCUUCAGUGAAAGAUCUCUUAGUGCAGGGGGAUUGGAUGUGUAAAAUAGACCUGAAGGAUGCUUAUUUUUCAGUUCCUAUUAAUUCUGAGCAUAGGAAAUAUCUCCGUUUUUUCUGGAACAAGGUCAUUUAUGAGUUUACUUGUCUUCCUUUCGGAUUGUGUAGUGCGCCCCGUACCUUUACUAAGAUACUUAAACCACUUGCCUUCCACCUCAGACAACGUGGUAUUCGUUGUAUUUUUUACCUGGAUGAUAUCCUUAUCCUCGAGUCUUCCUACGAGGGAUGUGUGACAAAUACUCAAGUGGCAACCAGUCUCCUUCAAGAUUUGGGUUUCAUUAUCAACAUAGAGAAAUCCAUUCUUGUCCCUACUCAGAAUUUAACAUACCUUGGUUUUCUUAUCGACUCUUCAUCCAUGACUCUCUCUCUGAACCAGGAGAAGAUCGUAAAGAUAAUCAGCCACUGCCAAGAGAUUUUGGAGGCGCAAACUGUCACAGUUCGACAACUCUCAAGCCUCAUCGGCAGGUUAUCGUCCACAAUUCUGGCAGUUUUUCAAGCCCAGAUCUUCUACCUCAGUCUUCAGGAGGACAAAAUCUCCGCCCUCCGCAGGGAGAACAGUUACGAAUCAGCUGUCACCCUUUCACAAGCUUCUCUGGAGGAGCUGCGAACAUGGGUGCAAUGUCUGCAUGCAUGGAACGGUCGGCAUUUUCUUCAUCCGACGCCAGAUUUGACCCUUCAAACGGACGCUUCUAUGUCGGGAUGGGGAGCUUGUCUUCACUCCACGAUAGGCGGCCGUUGGACAACUGUAGAACAACAAAAUCAUAUCAACUACCUCGAACUGUUAGCAGUUUGGUAUGCCAUCCGAUCUCUCCUCGCAGAGAGGCGGAACAUCCAUGUUCUUCUUCAGAUGGACAGUUCAACAGCCAUUGCAUAUAUCAACCACCAAGGAGGGACUCACUCGGUUCCAAUGUCUCGACUAGCUGUCAAGAUCUGGGUAUGGUGUCUCAAGAGAAACAUCACUCUAGCAGCUCAACAUAUACCGGGGUCCCAGAACAUCACAGCAGACAGGAUGUCACGAGUGUUCGACGAUCGGGCGGAAUGGCAACUCCUCCCAGAAGUCUUCCGCAGCAUCAUGGAUGCCCUACAUUUUGUCCCAUCGGUAGACCUCUUUGCGUCUCGCCUGAAUACACAACUAGAAACGUUCGUUUCAUGGCAGCCAGACCCCAUGGCUUGGAGGGUCAAUGCUCUUCUUCUAAACUGGAAGGAUGUAAACGGCUACGCUUUUCCUCCGUUUUCACUUCUUCUGAGAAUCCUUCAAAAGAUCCGCAGAGAGGAAGCGACAGUUGUUCUUGUCGCUCCAGUAUGGAAGACUCAAGCUUGGUACCCCAUGCUGCUGGAACUAGCAAUAGACGUGCCACUGCUCCUCCCACGGAGAACAGAUCUCCUUCAGCUUCCCCACAAUCGGUCACAAGUUCAUCCACUGAUAGGCCACCUCCAACUGGCCGCAUGGAAGUUAUCAGGGCAAAUCUCUCUUCAGAGGGACUUUCACAGACGGUGUCAGCCACAAUCCUUGCUUCUUGGAGACCACAGUCCAAUGCGCAGUAUAACUCAGCAUGGAGAAGGUGGGCAAGCUGGUGUUUACAGAGGAAACUUGAUCCAGUUCACACCCCUGUAGCUGAUUUCUUAGAGUUUCUUCAGCAGUUGUUUGACGAAGGUCUGUCCUACAGAACCAUUAAUGGCUAUCGUUCUGCGAUUUCAUCAGCUCACUGCUUAAUUGAUAAUUUGCCUAUGGGUCAACAUCGUUUAGUGAAACGUUUCUUUAAAGGUAUUUUUGGACUUCGCCCUCCAAGACCGAAGUACAACAGCACAUGGGACGUUGGGAAGGUCCUUAGAUUCAUCAAGUCUCUCCCCGACAAUCGCCGUUUGUCCUUGAGGCAGUUAACCCUCAAGUUAGCCAUGCUGCUUGCACUGGUAACUGCCAGUCGCCGAGCUUCCUUGACAGCUAUUGAUGUCGAUAACAUGACUCGAUCAUCUGAUGGAAAAUACCGUUUUCUCCUUGUCAAGCCAUCGAAGUGUGUUUCUGUCAGUAAGCCCUUCCAUCAAAUUGAGAUUUCCAAGUUCCAGCCGGUCAGAAAUCUCUGCCCAGUUCGUUCUUUAGAAGAGUAUCUUCAGAGAACCCGACAUCACAGAGGUACUGGUUCUUCUAGGAUGUCCCAGCUUUUCCUCUCCCAUUCAAAGCCAUUCCAUCCAGUGGUCCCCUCAACAAUUUCUAGAUGGUUGAAAGACUUAAUGUCUCAGUCUGGCAUUGAUACAUCACAGUUUCAGGCCCACUCAACAAGAAGUGCAAGUACUUCAGCCGCAGCUCGAGCUGGGGUCUCCACAAGUGAAAUUUUAAAAACAGCAGACUGGUCAUCAGCCUCUACCUUUGCCAAUUUCUACCACAGACACCUCCCUCUGUCAGACUUUGGAGGUGCUGUGCUGUCAUCGGCAACACAACAGCUUUAAAGUCUACAGGAUAACCCGCCCGAGUAAUUCUGGUUGGUUUCCGAUGAGGUUUACCUUACUACCGUUACCUUACUACUAGCUUCAAAAAGACACAGAUACCCUGGGAGAACGCAGCUUCACUACCACGCCGGGGAAGGGUCUUUUGUUAUGUUAAUGAGGUAUGUUCUAUUAGCUUCUAAGGGUGGAUCAGAUUGCAAUACGAGAAACAAUCUACAGGGUGAGUCUCUCCUCCAUUGUCUCAUAUAAUUCCAAUUAUAUUGCAGGUAAGUACUUUACAUAAUUGGGGAAUUGUCUCGCACAGAGACUGCUGUACCCAUGCAGCGGUUUAAUCUUUCAAUAGAGGGCGCACC